AUGUAUUUUGGUUUCGCUCAUUUGCCUAUGUCUGCCUCUUUGUGGCUGAGUUUGUUCCCUCACAUUCACUCGCCUAGCACAUACAAAUGGAAAGAAGAAGGCAAAAGAAAAAAGAAAGAAAGAAACACAGUAAAUGUGGCAGAAAUGCAAAAUGAAUAUUCUCCUCCGCACCACCACCAAGAGGAGGAAAAAAGAAAAAGGAAAAAGGAAAAGGCAAGUGAGCUGGGAGAUGAGAGGAGAUGUAAGUAUCCUACGUCACGUGUUGAAAGUAGUAAACGUUACAAUAUUUUUGCUCCUUGCUGGUUAUUUGCGCAGCGUCUCCCCUCUUUUAGCGUGCCUUGCGAUCAUGUGUUUUUGUUUCGUUUGUUACGUGAGUUCAUCUCCUUUUUUUUUGUGUGUGUGUGCUUUAUAUAUAAAUUCCUUUAUGUCAGUACACGCCGUGCCACAUCUCAUACCGUUACUUCUGGUGGAUGGGGUGGGAAUUGUAAAGGUAUGUGUGUCAGAGGAGGGGUGUGGGAGAUCAAAAGAAAAUCAAAAAAAAAAGGAAAGCGCCUCCACCACAUAAAGUAA